AUGACGAACAAGAGCUACCUCGCCUUCCUCGACAGCUCCCAGAGCGCCGACAUGCUGUCUCGAACAAAGGUCCCCGGCCUGUCCGCGCUGCCCAGCUUCAUCCCCCAUCGCGUGCGCCGGAAGUGGAGGGCGACCAAGUCGCGGAUACGCAGUCGCCAGUCCGUCACGUCAUCCAUCGCCGGGCUCGAGACGUCGUUUUCGCCGUCCGACACAAUCAAGGCCCUGAGGACACACCCGUGGUCCAUAUACGAUGCGCAGUACCUGUUCCUCGCCAUCGUCGCCAUCUUCUCCCUGUCCGUGAGCGAAGCCCCCGGGCCCUUCGCAAAGACGUUUGUCGCCGGCCUGCUCAUGACUGGUCUCUGUCUUCCCAUCACUCGCCAGUUUCUGCUCCCAUUGCUCCCCACCCUCACAUGGAUCCUUCUAUUCUCAAGUUGCAAGUACGUCACCCUCCGCGCCUGCCUGCGCCACAAUCACUUGUCUUGGCUGCUAGCGCUCCAUAUCGGACCGGGCGGCGGCCACGACUUUGCGCGUUUCACAUACAUUUCCACCGACUACCGACCUGCCAUUUGGGUGCGCGUCCUCCCGGCCCUCGAGAACAUACUCUACGGCGCCAACUUGAGCAACAUCCUCUCCGCGCACAAGCACGUAGUCCUUGAUCUCAUCGCCUGGUUGCCAUACGGCGUUGUCCACUAUGUGUCUCCGGUCAUUGUCAGCUGCUGCAUGUUUAUCUGGGGACCUCCGGGUACUGCACCAACGUGGGCACGCGCUUUCGGCUACAUGAACAUCACGGCUGUGUUGAUCCAGACCGUCUUUCCCUGCUCGCCCCCAUGGUACGAGAACACAUACGGUCUGGCGCCUGCCAACUACUCCAUCGCCGGAGACGCCGCGGGUCUCAAGGCAAUUGACAAGCUUUUUGGUAUUGAUCUGUAUACUUCCGGAUUCCACGCCUCUCCGGUCGUCUUUGGCGCUUUCCCCUCGCUCCACUCUGGAUGGGCGACCCUCGAGACCUUGUUCAUGGGACAUUUGUUCCCCAAGCUCUUCCCGGUCUACGUGUUCUACACCAUGUGGCUGUGGUGGUCCACCAUGUACCUCUCGCACCACUACGCCGUUGACCUGGUUGCUGGCAGUCUUCUUGCCGGUGUCUGCUUCUUCUUCGGCCGCGCCAAGUUCCUUCCCCGCCCACAAGCAGACAAGGAGUUCCGCUGGGACUACGACUAUGUCGAGAUUGGCGACCCCAUGGAUGGCGCUGGCUACAGCAUGCUCGACAUUUACGAAGAGUUCCAACCGCAGUCUGAUUCUGAUGACUGGGCUAGCGGUUCCUCUUCCUCCUACUCCACUGGUGGCCGCAGCCCUAUGGGCGCCCACUCACCUGUUGACACCGACGCCCAGAGCCUCUGGGACGGCGAUACCGUCGGGUCCGAUACCGAACAGCGAUAA